AUGUAUUUAUGCCAAAAGAUUUCUAUAAAUAAUUCUCUUUUGCAGGUGGCUUUAUUCUUGCUGUACAAUGUGUACUUCGCGUUUGCCAUAUAUUCUACGUGGGACGAGGCGUCUUCCUUCUGCGAUGGGAUCAAAUUCCUCACUGUAAUUACCGCUAUUGCGUACUUCUUUGCAUUAUACAGUUAUGUGUUCAAGGCUCACAUGCUGAAGCGACUGAGGCCAUACCUCAAACCUUUGGCUAAAUUGAUAAAUAAACUUUUUCUGUUCAGUUGGCUCCCAAGAGUCGUUUGGAGCACUCUUUGGGGAGCAGUGAUAAUAUUUCUCAUUCUGGACACCUAUGACGACAGAUACCGUCUCGUCUCGGCUGCCGGUCUGACGGUGUUCAUAUUCCUGGGGUAUGUGUUCUCGAAGCAUCGUAGGAAAAUUAUUUGGCGCCGUCUACUAUGGGGCAUUUUUGUACAAUUCUGCAUCGGGCUUCUGAUUUUGCGAUGGAGUGUGGGGAAGGAUAUUUUUCGCUGUUUGGGAGACAAAGUUAAAGGUUUUCUGGACAUCACAGACAAAGGAUCUUCUUUCGUCUUUGGAUACCUGGUCACUGGAUCCCUGACAGAUGCCGCUCUGCAACCUGCCAUUUUCGCUUUCAAGGUGCUGAGCGUGAUAAUCUUCUUCAGCUUCAUUGUGUCUUUGCUGUACUACUAUGGCAUAAUGCAGGUGUUGGUGAUGAAAGUGGGCUGGUUGCUUCAGCAUACUAUAGGAACUACUGCCUGCGAGUCCAUGAAUGCAGCAGCCAACAUCUUCCUAGGCAUGACAGAAGCUCCACUCCUGAUUCGGCCUUAUCUGCCACUGAUGACCAAAUCUGAAAUUCAUGCCGUCAUGACGGGAGGAUUUGCCACCAUUGCAGGAUCGGUGUUAGCAGCUUACAUCAAUUUCGGGAUUAAUGCUAGUCACCUUUUAUCAGCUUCCGUGAUGGCUGCUCCAGCAGCCUUGGCAUUUUCGAAGCUAGUGUAUCCCGAAACGGAAGAAAGUAAGACACAAGCCAGCAGCAUAAAGAUCGAAAAAGGGACUGAGAGCAACGCGUUAGAAGCUGCAACGAACGGUGCUUCCACAGCCAUCAAAUUGGUAAGCAGCAUCGCUGCAAAUCUGAUAGCAUUCGUAGCCUUCAUUGCAUUACUGGACACAGUGCUUAGUUGGAUGGGCUCUUUAAUCCAUUGGGAUUUCCUCUCAUUCGAGUGGGUUAUGUCCAAGUUAUUCAUUCCCGUGUCUUUGCUGAUGGGCGUUGACUGGGACGACAAGGAAAAGGUAGCCAAUUUAGUUGGCCUGAAGAUGGUCGUCAAUGAAUUUGUUGCCUACAAAAGACUCGCAGAUUAUCAAAAAGAUAACCAGUUGUCUGCUCGAUCUGAAGCCAUCGCUACUUAUGCUUUGUGUGGUUUCUCCAAUAUCAGCUCCAUUGGAAUCCAGAUAGGAACCCUCAGUGCCAUGGCCCCAAGCAGAAAAUCGGACUUCGCCCAGAUUGCGCUGAGAGCCAUGAUCACAGGCAUGGCCACAUGUUUCUUGAAUGCUUGUGUUGCAGGGACUCUGCUGCAACAAUGAAGUGUGGCUAUGAUAGAUGUUUCCUACGUAGUCCAAGCCAUGGUGCUUGUAAUGAAGCAUUCAUUUGUCUCACAGGAUAUUCGAGGCAGAUAGCCAACAAAAGCUUCGUUUCUGCGUGAAUGUGCUCCCUCUCAUUUGAAUGAUCAACUGUGAUUUCUGGCAGCAAACUCGGAUACAUCUUAGCUGCAGCUGUUAUGUGCACCAUCAUUCAAAGAUCAACAAAAUAUGAUUUCCAACGUCAACGCUACCAAAAGUGCUGACUUUGUUAAAAUUCUUCUUCGACUUUGUUCACUUCUUCUUUGUUAGCAGAGAUAUAUACAGUAUUCCAUUUGUUGACUGUCAUGGUGGUUUCACAAUCGUUUGGCACAAGAUCUGUACAGAAUCGUCUUAAAUAUUACAUUUUUAAUAUAAAAUUCAGAUUCAUUAUGAAAUUUUUCACGUUAAUCAAAAAUAUUCCGAUUUAUUUACCCAUAUGGUAUGUUCUGCAAUCAAGCAUCUGUCAUAUGACUUUUACAUGAGCCUUGUGAAAUACUCGUAUAUUCUGGACGAUUCUGAUGUAUAUAAUGUUUUUAAAUUUAUUUCUUAAGUAUAUUUAAUAAAAAGGCUUAUUGAUGAGUAA